CAAAAUUUUCGAUUAGGGUUUUAGGCUAUGGCUGCGAGGUGCCUGGCGAGCGCGCUGGUGCGAAGGCGCCAAUGGAUGAUGCCGAUCGCGACUUCCUCCGCGAUUACGAAUCCAAUGCGGUCGUUCUCGUCAGGCGCCGAUGAGGAAUUCCAGGUAGCGCCCGAAAUCUUGAGGGAUCCGGCUAUUGGCGACGCAUUUCAUCUGGAUACAAGUAAUUUGUGGACGAUCUUUAGAGGUCCGGUGUGCCUUGUGGCUACAUUCCUGGACAGCAUUCACGUUGCAACUGGAGCUCCCUGGUGGAUUGUCCUUGCGGGAUCAACAAUUGCUGUGAGGGCGGCCCUUUUCCCUGUUACAGUGAUCCAGCUACGAAAGACUGCCCAGCUCGCGCAACUCUCUGGAAAAUUGCCCUCGCCAGUUCCUCCUCCUGGGAGUGGUGUCACGCAGUUAGAGCAAUUCAAGCUCUAUUCUCAGAAACGAAAGGAGCUUGGAGUUCCCAGUCCUGCAUGGUGUUUUGCUUCUCUUUUCGUUCAAGUGCCUAUUUUCAUAUCCUGGACUUUAGCGAUCAGAAACAUGGCCAUAAACAAGUACCCUGGAUUUGAAACAGGUGGUGCUCUAUGGUUUACAGACUUAACUGUUCCUGUCAGUGGAGAUUUAGGAGCUCUCUUACCGAUAUCACUUUCCGUUGCAUACAUUUGUCAUAUCGAGGUGUCUUUGAAAGGUAUUGAGCCAAAGCCCGGCAUUGUGGGAUCUUUGCUUUCGUUCUACAGCUGGUGGCUGCGUUUCUGUGUGAUUCCAAUCUGUAUCUCGGGUUUUUAUUUCCCUCAGGGUGUUUUCAUGUACUGGCUCCCGAACACUUUGUUCUCUCUUGCACAGACACUAUGUUUGAGAAGCAGCUAUUUUCGAAAAAGAUUAGGCUUGCCCGUGAUGGUUGCACCUAAAGCUUCUGCUGAUCCUCGCGCCUCUCAAAGCGAGACUCUUAUAAAGCUCGCUGCGGAACAUGUCGUUCGCAAAAAUCGUGACGCAGCAGUCCAAUGUUUGAAGGCUGCUCUGAAAAAAGAUCCGGAAAAUGCGACUGCCUAUUUCGCAUUGGGAAAGUUGCAUACAGACGCCAGUGAAUGGGCUGAAGCAACAGACUUGCUUGCUCAAGCAGCUUCAAAGGCCAAGGACAAUAAGCUUCAAAUUUCAGCCUACUUGGCGCUUGGAAUCGCUCUGUACAAGCAGGUUGGUGUUUUCCAUCAAUGGCUACCGAAUUCACUAUAUUUCUUGCAGGGUAAAAUAGGCGAGGCCACAGCUGCGCUCAAGUGCGUGGCUAGCAUGGAAGAACCUCAGGAUGGCGCUUCCCGGAAGAAAUAUAAUGUGGCCCUUGUGACUUUGGGAAGCUUGUUGAGCCAGGACGGACAGAAAUUUGCAGCCUUGGAGUAUCUUGAGCGGGCUGCACGGUACGAUCCCAAGGUUGGCGACCUUUAUGUGGAACAGAUCAAGAAGGAACUUGCUCAAGCUAAAGAAGUUGAGGAGGUCGAGGAAGCUGAUGUUCAGGCAGGAGACAGUCAUGUACGAGGAAAAGUUGAGAGCAAGAACUGGUAAGUGUUACGUACAUUACAGUAUUGACAAUAUCUUCUGCCAAUUAGAUCUUUAAACUGCGAAUAAUCCUUGGAUGGACUCUUUCAUGGUGAUCAAACGGAAUUUUGUGUUGAAAGUACUCCGGUUGUUCUUCCGGAGCCCUGGUAGGUGUACAUUCGUUAUAUAUUCAUUCCAUCUGAUUGACCCGAUGUCAAAGCCAAAACCUUCUUUUUCUUCGGGCA